AUAUGCAACUCAAAAAUGAAAAGCAUGCAGAUGAGAAACCCAUUAAUGCUAUCAUUAUAAAUUCAGUAUCUGAAUUCAAUAUCACAGAUGGACCAGCCAAGGAAACCCCCAGUGAGAAAAAACUGUCAGAAUCCAGCACAUCACUGUCCUCCCUUGAAGAAUGCCAAACGAAAUUUUCCUACCUCCAAACUGAUACUUCAGUUCAUCAGAGAGACACUGAUGAGGAGUGUGCCUCCCUUAUCCUCACCUGUCUGUUUUGCCAGUUUUGGGACUGUCUCCUGAUGCUCCCGGAUACGUGUGAAACGGUGUGUACCAACCUGUGCUGCCCCUCUCACAGGUAUCACCACACCUCGGAUGAAAGCCACUCUCGGAACGAUUGCAGUUGCAACUGUGACAUGGACUGCAGCCUGUUUGAGCCUUGCCACGAGACCAGCGAGUGUCUGGAGCUAGCCAUGGAGAUUUCAGAAAUCUGUUACCGCUAGCCCAAUGCAAUUAACCACAUUCCUCCAGACCCUCUGGCCCCAAGGGGAAAUUCCAUGACAACAAGGCUGUGAUUUCUAUGUGC